ACCUUAUUUUUCAUAAUUCCUCAUAUUUCUUUAGAUAUUUAAUAUCAUUAACUGAUUAACAUGCCAAAAUAGACGUUCAAUAUUCAAAGGACUUAUUAAAAGAUAAUACUUCAAAUCGACUUUCAACUGUAUACCCUAUAUGCAUUGAUUUUUGGAGGCCUAAGAAAGCGUUUUAUUUCUUAUGAAUUACUCGUUAUUUGUUCGGCACUUAAAAUCGUCUAGAAAUGCCGCAAAAAACGGGGAUAAAGGGAAAUGUUUAAAUUAUUGAGUAAUUAUAAAGUGGAAAUAAGGUCAGUUGAGGGAACCGCACCACCUGUUGUGCCUCCUCCACCAAUUGGCCUCAAAGGUCACACAGUCACCAGUGAACCGCCAACGAAAAAGGAACUUUAAACAUGGAAAACGGACUGAAUGAUGCCACGCCCACUGAAGCCGCUUUUAAGCUGGUGCUCCUAAGCAAAUCUAAUCCUGUGAUGGGCUGCUAUAUGUUUUGGACAAGUCUAUUGGUGUUCAAAAUGCUGAUCAUGUCGCUACUAACUGCUCGUCAGCGAAUGAAGACCAAAACCUAUGCCAAUCCAGAGGAUUUGCGCUUAAGCCGGAGCACUGAGGUUAGAUUCGGAGAUCCCAACGUAGAGCGAGUGCGACGGGCCCAUCGCAACGACCUGGAGAAUGUUUUACCCUUUCUUAUUAUGUCGCUAGUCUAUGUGGCCAGCGGACCAAAUCCCCUUACCGCCCGUCUGCUCAUCCGCAUCGGAGCAAGUGCCCGGCUUCUGCAUACAUUGGUCUACGCUGUAAUCCCAGUUCCGCAACCCGCAAGAGCUUUGGCCUUCUUCACCACCUUCGCCAUCACUUGCUUUGAGGCGGGCUACAUACUCAUCUGCUGCAUUAAAUACAUUUAGACCAACUGGUG